AUGGAAUCUACACUUUUGAUGAGUCAUUCUCACAGCCUCCCCCACUGAACUGACUCCUACAUUCACUCUCACUGCUUCUCAACUGGCAACUCAACACAUUCAACCCCACUCAUUCAACUCCCUCCGUCACUUCCUCUCUUUUCAGUCCCCGCCUCGACACUGGGCCUCGCUGAUUGGCUCGUGCCCGGUGACGUCCUCACAUCGCGACCCAGGACCUGGGGCCGGCUUGUCAUGUGGCCGGGCGGCUGCCGGUGGCUCCCAGUUCUUCUACAAGGGUACCUCAACCUCGGGCGCCUCACCUCUGCCAGGACUUGGGGUAGUUGUUGGGGUCCGAUGGCAGAAACAUUCUCGAUUGGGGCCGAGGCAGUGAGUGGGCUGAGGGCUCCGGUUCAACAAAACGGAGACGCAGGUGGCGACGCAAGGGGUGAGCGGACCUCCGGAAGCCCGAAGCCUGUGGACGCGGGAGUGGAGCCGCCCCAGGAGGUCGGGAAGCAGACCCCAGUGAGCGAGGAGCAGGCCCCGGUUGCCCCUUCGGGCCCAGGCAAGCGUAAGAAGCGACGGGACGCCACCAGGGAGCGCGUCGUGCCACCCCCGAAGAAGCGGCGGGCAGGGGUGAGCUUCAGCGAUGAGCAUUUUGCAGAGACCAGCUACUAUUUCGAAGGCGGCCUGCGCAAAGUACGGCCUUAUUACUUUGACUUCCGGACCUACUGCAAGGGCCGCUGGGUGGGCCACAGCUUGCUGCACGUCUUCAGCACCGAAUUCCGAGCCCAGCCCCUGGCAUACUAUGAGGCCGCAGUCCGGGAGGGGCGCCUGCAUCUCAACGAGGAGCCGGUACAGGACCUCAGCAUUGUGCUCAAGGAUAAUGACUUCUUGAGGAACAGGGUGCACAGGCACGAGCCACCAGUCACAGCAGAGCCUGUCCGCCUGCUUGCUGAGAAUGAGGAUGUGGUGGUUGUAGACAAGCCUUCUUCCAUUCCUGUCCACCCUUGUGGCCGCUUUCGACAUAACACUGUCAUCUUCAUCCUGGGCAAGGAGCACCAACUCAAAGAGCUACACCCAUUGCAUCGGCUUGACCGCCUUACCUCGGGGGUCCUCAUGUUUGCCAAGACAGCGGCUGUCUCAGAGAGGAUUCAUGAGCAGGUUCGGGACCGGCAGCUGGAGAAGGAGUACGUGUGCCGGGUAGAGGGGGAGUUCCCCGCUGAGGAAGUGACCUGCAAAGAGCCCAUCUUGGUGGUGUCUUACAAGGUAGGGGUGUGCCGUGUAGAUGCUCGGGGCAAGCCCUGUGAGACAGUGUUCCAGAGACUGAGCUACAAUGGCCACUCCAGUGUGGUGCGGUGCCGGCCCCUCACAGGCCGCACUCACCAGAUCCGAGUCCACCUCCAGUUCCUGGGCCACCCCAUCCUCAAUGACCCCAUCUACAACUCAGUUGCGUGGGGUCCCUCUCGGGGCCGGGGCGGCCACAUUCCCAAGACAGAUGAGGAACUGCUUCGGGACCUUGUGGCAGAGCACCAGGCCAAACAGAGCCUGGAUGUGCUAAAUCUCUGUGAGGGCGAUCUGUCCCCAGGACUCAUAGACUCUACAGCUCCCUCCUCAGAGCUGGACAAGGACCACCUAGAAGAGUUGGCUGCAUCUGCCCAGAAGAUGGAUGGAGCAGUUGAGGCAGCUCCUCAAGUUCUGGACACAACGGCCUUGGCACCAGAAAAGGCAGCUGAAACAGAUGUUGUGAAUCAAGAGAGAGACCCUCUCUGUGCAGAGUGCCGGCUGGUGCGCCAGGACCCCUUGCCCCAGGACCUUGUGAUGUUCCUGCAUGCUCUGCGCUAUAAAGGGCCAGGGUUUGAGUACUUUUCACCGAUGCCUGCCUGGGCACAGGAUGAUUGGCAAGAAGACUGAGGGCUAUGGCCAAUGGGAGGAUUGCUUCUUGAAUUGGAAGAGGAAUGGGCCAUGGAGUAGGAGCUGACCUCAUGGCCUGGUACUCAGGGUUUCUACAGGAGUGAGGCUGGGCUCUGAAAGGAUCUCCUUAUACUUGCUACCUCCUUCUUUCCUCUCCCUCUAAGCUAGAACUAAGGAACUUGUUGGCUUGUAAAUAUAUCCUUUUUUCUAACAC